AUGACAAGUGAAAAAAAGAAUAGCUUGAUGAGUAGGUUCAAAGUGUUCUGCGGGGGGAGAGGCCUGCGGGGCAAGAUGGACCCUCGGGGCGUUGCUCCUGGCGCCCCUGACAGCAGCAAACUCCAGUUACUGUGCUGUUCCAGCUCUUUCACAAGAAGAGAUCUAAAGAAGCUGGAAGACGUCCUCCCACCCACGAAAACGGGGAGAGGCAGACGGGAGAGAAACAUGCAAUCCUUCGCCGAUUUCAUGGUUAUGUGGAUGUGGUUUCUCUCCCACCUGGUGGCGGUUGCCGUGUGCGCGAGGAUCCUCAGCGCAACAGCAGACCACGUCACCGGCGGUCGCACCAGACGUUGGCUCUUCGGUUACGAGACAAGAUCCCUGGGGGAGCCUUGGCCAGACGUCUUGGGAGUCACCGUGGUGUUGGUAGUUUGCGCCAUGUUCAUGUGUGGCCUGGAGGAGAGUAUGAUGUUCACAUUUCUCUUACUGCUGCUCCUCUACAUCUUCAGUCAGUCCUUCACCAUAUUCGGUCUGAUGAACUUGGACAUGGCGAAUAUCAAAAUACCCAUCCCGAUAACUGUAUAUGAGCUCUUUGCCGCUGGAGCCCCGAUAUCGUACACAUUCUUUACGGUACAGAAGAAAACUGACAAUGAGAGCUUCAAGAAGAACAUCUUCCUCAUAAUAGGCCUGCCGGCGGUUGUUCUUGCUUGCCUGUGCUUUCUUUACACGAAUAUGUUAAAGGGUUUGGUAGAUGAGGUUCUUACUCAGCUUAUACUAGACUUGUCACCUAGAAGCAGCAUUGACGCUGCAUUACCGAUAACUACCCUCCUGGAAGCGAGGGUGGCUGGAUGGAUCUGCCCAGUUCUGGCCGCCGUGACCGUGGCCGGAGUGUGCUUGGCUCUGACGGAGCUCUGCCCGCUCUUAUUCACGGUGUUGGUGCUCUUGGCAUCUCCAGAGUGGAAGGUGUUGACUAGAUCCAUGACUUACGAGAGUACUACGACUGGCAGCCCAGUACUGGCUGUUUUCACUGCAGGCAGUCUGGCGGCCAUACUCGCCUUUGCGUGUCCUUUAUCACACAUGAUCACCCUGAUGAACGCCAGCCACCUGCUCAGUGUGACCAUCCAAGCUCUUCACUUCAUCAUCAUGAGAUGUGUUCCCACCGCAGAGCAGAUUGAAGCCGGUGAUGUAGAAUACAAACGUCUGGGAAUCGGCAAUACGGCCCGGAAGUCUUCAGGAGUGAAGCGUAAGCGCAGUCUCUGGUUUAUACCGUCAUCGAUUCGCCAUACCAAGACCUUGGAAAGCAUCAAGUCGAAAGUGAACAAGGAGACAGAAGAACGCGAAUGCCUCCUCCUUGACGAGUAUGCUGGCUGUCCAAGCGAAGAAUUGGAGCAGGGUAGUGGAAGUCGUCUGGCUGGACUAGCAGAGGCAGAGGUCGUGGACCUGCAGUCAGACAUUGAAGCUAGUGAAGGAGAUCUAUCUUCCGGUGACGACUCAACUGACAUUGAUGCUGUGGUUAAGGAAUAUAGGGAUAGAAUACAAGUGGUAACAGCUAUUCCCGAAUCCAGCACACCAGCUCCGCCCAGCGUGAGAGGCGCCAGGUUAGCAGCAGUCGGUGCUGCAGUGCAAUUGUUCGCUAAUGGAAUUAUAGCGGCUGCCUUUUGCAGCGAAAAAUUUAGAGUUCCCUUGUUCGCCACCGGAGUACCAGUUUGGUUAUCCGGAACCAUCAUAUCAGUAUGGCAGCCGGCUCACUGCGUUGGGGUCAAGAGGCUGAACCAGCUGCAAGGGCCGGUUACGAUGCUGUUGUCGCUUCUGCUGUUGACGCCUUUGCUCCUGGACUCCUGGCCAGCGAUUGUACUAUUUGCAGGGGCAGGCGUGGUUAUCUACGCCCGCUGCGAGCGAUGGUGCGGGGACCUGGCGGUCCAACAAGCUCGGAGCACCCUGGAGCGUCGAAAGCUGCGUAGGGUCACAGCCUCCAUGCCCUUGGCAGGGGCAAGACUGACCCACAUCGACACUGUGUAUAUCACUAGGUAA